AGCUAUGGAUCAGGAAAGCAAUGAUCAAGACUCGGAAGAUGCUGACAAGGCGACAGAAGCUAACUCUAACGAACCUACUUCAAAAGAUGAUGAACUUGCCAUCGCUGGCGUAUCCACACAUGAUCUGGCCGAGCUUGAGAAGAAUGUUAUCGAAGACAUUCUUGGGGAAGGUGCGGAUGCAUCAGGUUUCGACCUCUUUAGAGGUCCGGAAACUUCUGACAAUAGCCGCUUCACUCCGAGUCCAUCAACCUCUGCGGACAAAUCCGGUCUCUGUAGCAGAGCUAGUGAUGAAGAAUAUGUUCCUGGUGAAGGUGACACUAUUACUGAAGCAAGUUCAUCUGGAGUUGAAGAAAGCACUGAAGAAAGCAACGAUGCUCCAAGAGUGAAGCGUCGUCGACUUGCGAAACCGAAAAAGUUACUGAAACUUUGUGUUGAUGACAGCAACGAUAAGGAUUUUGAGGAGCGAUUGAGUAAUACUGUAUCCACCGAAGGCAAUGAUGAAUCUGAUUUCAAGGAAUUGACUGAUACCAUAAAGAUUCACAGACAAGUUUGGGAUCGUUUAUAUAAGUACCAGAAAAAAGGUGUAGUGUGGCUUUGCGGUUUGCAUGAACAGUAUGUUGGAGGUAUAUUAGCUGAUGAAAUGGGUCUCGGAAAAACUAUACAGGUGAUUGCCUUUCUUCGAGCUUUGGAUGAGUCGCAGAGGCAAGACAAUUAUAUGAAUUUCAAAGGACUUGGCCCAUGCUUGAUCAUAUGUCCUUCAACUCUCCUAAAGCAGUGGGUUAGCGAGUUUCAUCAAUGGAUGCCUAGAUGUAGGGUAGCCGUUUUUCAUGGCUCCGGUAAUUUCAAAGGUCCUAAACGAACACUUAUUAGGAAAAUGGCUGUCAAUAGAAGAGGAGGGUCCGUCUUGGUGACUACAUACUCAACUUUCCAAAAGUAUAGCGAGCUGCUGCUGCCAGUGGCAUGGCAUUAUGUUGUGCUAGAUGAGGGACACAAAAUUCGAAAUCCUAAAGCUCAGAUAUCGCAGAGCGUGAAGCAAUUGCACACUCCUUGUCGAAUUAUUCUUAGUGGGACUCCUCUGCAGAACUCUCUUCCAGAAAUUUGGUCUUUGAUGGAUUUUGUCUACAGUGGCAAGCUCAAUAGUUUAGAAACAUUCACGGAAAGAUUUGCUUUGCCCAUUACACAGGGUGGUUAUGCGAAUGCAACAAAGCAGCAACUUCUUACUGCUUAUAAGUGCGCUGUAAUCUUGAGGGAUGCGAUCAGCCCAUACAUCCUUCGCCGACUCAAAAAAGAUGUCAAGAAAUCGCUUGAUUUGCCGGAUAAAAAUGAGAAAGUUUUAUUCUGCGAGCUAUCAUCCGAGCAACGGAAGCUCUACCGAGACUACCUGUGCUCGCGUGAAUGCCGCAAUAUACUCAAAGGACGGUUGGAUGCCUUUGUGGGACUAACAUUACUCCGGAAACUUUGCAAUCACCCUGAUCUAGUCACAGGAGGACCGAACCGUCAUGGUGAAUAUGAUGUCAAUGAGGAUCCCACUAUGGCCUUUGGUUAUCCGGAUCGAAGUGGUAAAAUGCGUGUCUUGCUUCAGCUAUUGGAUAUAUGGAAGAAACAAGGUGGCGAAAAAGUGCUCGUCUUCAGUCAAAGUCGUGAAAUGCUGAACAUUCUUGAAAGAAGGCUGUUAGAGACUGGCUUCACAUACCUUCGCAUGGAUGGCAGUACAAACAUUGGAAGCCGACAGAAGAGAGUUCAGCAAUUUAAUCAAGACCCAGAAAUAUUUAUUUUCCUGCUCACAACCCGUGUGGGUGGGCUAGGAAUCAAUUUAACUGCUGCUAACAAGGUUGUGAUCUUUGAUCCUGACUGGAACCCUUCAACAGAUACUCAGGCAAAGGAGCGUUCUUGGCGCAUAGGUCAAGAUCGCACUGUUACUGUUUACAGGUUGCUUUGUGCGGGUACGAUUGAAGAAAAAGUUUAUCAUAGGCAAAUUUUCAAGCAAUUUCUUGCAAAUCGCAUUCUCAAAGACCCGAAGCAACGUCAGUUUUUUAAGACAACCGACCUACAUGAUUUGUUUUCCCUUUCUGAAGUCUCUAAAGAAGCCCCUACGGAAACUGGCACCCUUUUCGCAUCGGAAACUGACGAAAUCCGUAGGAACAACUUCUUUGAUGAGAAUGAUCGCAAGAAGCACAGAAAGAAGAAGAAGGAAGGUGAUGAAAGUACCGACGAAGAUGAUGAGGCAGCUCCCGUAAUCAGUGAAGAGAAGAAGGCGGAAUUGCGAGAGCGAGCAAAGCGUCUGGCCAAGAUUCUGAGCAUGUCUGCUGGCGGUAGUAAAGACGCUGUAGAUACGGGAACUGUGAGUGAGAAGCCAGUAAAGGAAGAGCCAACCCCGCAGCCACAGUCUGGUAGUCCUCCUAUACAGGACUCAACCUCAGAUAGUCGUCAUCGCUCCGUAAAAGUUAAGAAGGAAAAGAAACACAAGAGACAUCAUGAAGAAAAAUCGGAUGGCAAAGGCAAUGAUGAUUUUGUGCUUAAUUGUCUGCUGAAGUCGGCUGGAGUCCGUUGUGCUAUAAAACAUGAUGAUCUGGUGGAGGACAAACCUUCAGAUUAUUUGAUUGAAAAGGAAGCUUCCGCUGCUGCCAACAAUGCAGCCAAAGCGAUUGGAAAAAGGUCCAAUAGAUCUUUUGUUCGCGAAUUUCGAGCACUAUUUCCUUUGUCAUCGACUGCUUCUUCAUCUUCGACAACGGCCACGGAACAUGCCCCUUUUUCUGGAGAAGAUAUCAAAGAUAGUCUUUUUGCUGCCAUUCAUGCAAGGAAACGCAGAGCGAAUGAAGGCAAAGCAUCGGCAGUACUCGUCAAAGACAAGUACGUGACUAUGGCUGAAAAAAUACGUGAUUUCCUUGUUAGCUGUGGUGGAAGAGCAUACACCGAGAUGAUCUUUGAAAAAUUCAAGGACGAAUACAAAGAAGAAAUGCCGGAGCUUCGAGCGAUACUGAGAAAAUUAUGCAAUUUUGAUCAUCUCAAGAGAGAGUGGUAUGUUAAGAGCGAGUACGCUUGAACAUCAUGGUUUGGAUCGUUGGAACUUUGUUUUUUAUAUGUAUGUUUUGUACAUGAGGAUGUUGUUGUUUUUUGUUUGAUGGACAUACACUUUUUAUGCACUAACACCUAAUAUUUUCAAGUUUCUGCGAUAAUCUGAUCUCUCCCAUUUGGAGACCAAAAAGAUCCGAGUUUUGCAGAAACCAGCAAAGGCUCAUAUCUCUGUUUAUCUCAUACAAGUUCUACCUGUUUAUCUGCUUUCUUCCAAGUGUUUUGGUCCCGUUAUUUAUUGUUUUCAUGACCUACUCAUUCAUUGUGAAGUUUUAUCGAGUUGCUAAACAAAAAUUCAUGUUCACUUACGCUGAAGAUUCCUUUACCAAAUGCUUUCUAUCUUAUAAUAUGUACAUAGAGAAGAGCUUAUUCUUAUAAUAUUUAGUCUAGCUUUAUACUGUCACGGUUACUGGUUGAUUUGUAUGAGUUGUAAAAAAAUUCUUAGAGGUGACUGCCGCCGUUUUGAUAAAUCAAGUAGUGUUUCAUUUUCAAUUGUAUACAUCAAACUGCGAACU